AUGGAUCCUGCAAUAGACGGAUACAAUGAAGCUAUCGAGCAGCUUAGAGACGCCCAGUUUCCGAUGCUCAAGGAUUCAAUAUACCUUGAUCAUGCGGGUGCGACUUUACCGUCGAAAGCGCUCAUGGAUGGGUUUGCCGCUGAGCUGACAUCGGUGCUUUACGGCAACCCACAUUCCGGCUCGCUACCGUCACAACUCUCCACCGACCAGGUUGACGACGUAAGGCUGCGCUUACUGGAAUUCUUCAACGCGAACCCGGACGAGUAUGAUCUUGUUUUCGUUGCCAAUGCUACUGCUGGCAUCAAAUUGGUACUGGACGGUUUGCGCAGUGUCCCUGGUGGCUUCAGUCACGUCUAUCAUCAAGCAUGCCACACGAGCCUUGUUGGCGUCCGUGAAGAGGCAAAGCGCAGCAUAUGCGUCAACGAUGAGCAAGUUGAACGUUGGAUCAACGGCGAUAGUCUGAUUGAGAAUGAUGAAUCAUCCACUACACUUUUCUCUUACUCGGCCCAGUCGCAUAUGGACGGCCGACGGUAUCCUUUGUCGUGGGCCAGAGACAUCAACGCCGCACAUCAAUUAUAUACCCUCCUGGAUGCUGCGUCUUUCGGAGCGACGUCCCAGCUCAACAUGUCGCAUUCAGAUUUUGCCGCCGAUUUCGUCGUCUUGAGUCUGUACAAGAUAUUCGGAUUUCCGGAUCUGGGCGUUUUGCUCGUCCGCAAGUCGGCAGAGCAUCUAUUCGACCAACGGAAAUACUUUGGAGGGGGCACCGUCGACAUGGUAGUUGUUGGGAGAGAGCAAUGGCAUGCGCGCAAGACUACCUUCUUACACGAACGUCUAGAAGAUGGCACGCUUCCGUUUCACAACAUCAUCGCAGCUGGGAUCGCGCUCACAACUCAUGCAUCUUUGUUUGGAUCUAUUGAGGAUGUCUCGAGGCAUACUUUUUAUCUAACUCAUCGCCUAUAUACCGGGCUGGAGAAGCUGCAUCACGGAAAUGGACGUCCAGUCUGUACUUUGUACACACCGAAUCUGAUGGCGGGACCUACAGGACCAGUGGUGUCUUUCAACAUCAGAAGCAGUCUGGGCGCUUGGACUACGCUGGGCGAAUUCGAGAAGCUUGCCAUUAUUAACAAGAUCCAUGUCCGAACAGGGAGUCUUUGCAGCCCUGGAGGCAUCGCUGCAGCCCUCGAUCUGCAGCCUUGGGAGAUGAGGAAGAAUUUUUCGGCUGGAUUUCGGUGCGGAUCCGAUAAUGAUGUUAUGAACGGCAAGCCCGUAGGGGUUAUUCGUGCUAGCCUUGGUGCCAUGAGUGUCAAAGCAGACGUUGACGGUUUCCUGAAAUUUGUCGCAGAAUUUUUUGUCGAAGCUAGUACUCCUCAACUGCCAGAUGAGCUACCGACUUCAGAAGAUGCGACUACAAGACCGUCACUUCGGGUCAAGGCCAUGACCGUCUAUCCAAUCAAGAGCUGCGGGGGGUUCGCAGUGCCUGCAGGAAUGGACUGGUCUAUAAGACCUGAAGGCCUUGCUUGGGAUAGAGAGUGGUGUCUUUUGCACAAAGGUUCUGGACAGGCUUUGAGUCAAAAAAGAUACCCACGCAUGGCUUUGUUACGACCAACUCUCGAUUUUGAUGCCGGAGUUCUGCGCAUGAAGUAUCAAGACAGCUCGAAAACAGUUUCUGUCCCACUGUCAGCAGAUCCGUCGCAUUUCGAAGAUAAUUUUUGUCAAACCAAGUCGACAGUGUGUGGUGAAGAAAUCAUGGCGCAAAAAUAUACUUCUGAGGAACUCAAUUGUUUCUUUUCGCAAGCCCUCGGGGUGCCAUGCGUCCUCGCCAGAUUUCCGCCUGGUGGCCGAGGUCUUGGAAGCCGUCUAAACAAGGCAAAGAUGCAGAAGUACCAACAAGCAGACAAGUCUCAGCGCUUGUUGCCUGGAUCAUUCCCUGACGAUGUGCCAUCGCCACCAGACUCGGACUCUGAGCAGAGCAAAACCCAAACGAGAAUUCUGCUGUCCAAUGAAAGCCCAAUUCUUAUGAUUCACUCGGCCAGCCUCGGCACAUUGAAUGAGGCUAUCGUGCAGCAGGGCGGCUCGCCAGCCACGACGGCGGCAUUCAGAGCCAAUAUUGUACUGGGAGGCCCACGAGAGAAUGGUGACCGAGUUGAAUUACCGGCGUAUUCUGAAGAUUCAUGGCGCAAGGUUCGCAUCGGAGCCCAAACUUUCUCACUGCUGGGCGCAUGCAGACGCUGCCAGAUGGUGUGUGUCGACCAAGAGACUGGAGAACGAAAGCAAGAGCCCCUGGCUACUUUGUCCAAGACGAGACGCUUUGAUGGAAAGAUUUACUUUGGAGCACACAUGAAACACGAUGAUGCAGGCUUCUCAUCAGAAGCCAACCAGCACCCUACAAUUCGCGUAGGGGAACGCGUGGUUGUAGAUGCAUAG